AUGGCGGGGCGAGUGAGAGACUGGCGCUCGGAGAUCGUAGCUCUUCUUGUGGCUCUUUGUUGCCUCCUGGCCAUAUUCCUCAUCUCGGCCAGGUUCAACAAUCAACAGCAACCCAACUGGCCUUAUGCCACUACUCUAAACCUCAGCACGCUUAUUGCCUUGAUUGCCACGGUUCUCAGGUCUAUGCUGGAGAGCAUCCUCGAUUCGAGUAUCGGCCAGCUCAAAUGGCGCUGGUUUCGAUCAUCAUCUCGGCCCCUCAGCCACAUGCAGACCUUUGAUAAUGCGAGUCGCGGCUCUUGGGGGUCAUUUCUAUUCAUGCUGUCUCUCGCUCGUCCCAACUUGGCCACACUCGGUUCAACAAUUACAUUAUUAUCUAUCGUGAUCGGCACUUUUACCCAGCAGGCGAUCCAGACGGCGUCAUGCCAAAAUCCCGGCUCGACUGGACAAGCAUUUAUUCCCAUCGCCCAGACCAGCCUAAGAGGACUUGAACACUUACCAGGGGGCCCGACCCUCAAGUACCACCUGUCUCAUUCAGACUGGGCGGCCAACGGAGGUCGAUGGAAUACAAUGCUAGCCACAGUGGAGGGGGCCUUUCCAUUGGACAAUAUGACAAUGACACAACGACAGAGAGAGAUUGUUAACAAUGCCUCCUUCGACGGCAUACUUCUUCUGAUGCCAAGUACGAACCCCUGCGAAUACCCUUCCAACUAUCAGACGUAUAUUGGGGAGCGGGAAGAAUUCGCCAUGCCACCCGUCAAAGCCAGCUUGUGCCCACAGCUCGAGUUACCCGGGGUGGAGACACUCCCCGGUUACUUCUCGGUAACGGCAGCUGCUUGCUUCUUCUACGCGUCUCUGCAGCACUACAAAGGUUCGGUCGUCAACGGCAAGCUGCAAGAAGAGGCUGUCCAGGAUCCCAUGCCCCUGCAGCCUCACGUCGAUUCCGGCGCCGAGGCAUUCGAUGACCACCAUUGCGAGUGGAGGUGCGGGUUCUCAGACCCCUGCAUAGUCGACCACGUAGUCUACGACAAUAUCAGCGCCAACCUUUCCAGCGUUCCUGGGGGCCUGACCAGCCUAGGCAACACGACGGGCCCGACGCGAUGUCUGUACGGGUUCUCGUACAAGUGGUACCGGGCGCUCCAGGCCCAAGCGUCUUUAUGGGAGCUCAUCGGCACCAGCGACGCGACCGAGCAGUGCUUGCAGUUUAGCAACUACACCGCCAUGUUAUGUCCCAAAUCGUGGUGGCUCAGCGACCUAUUUGGCAGCGGCAACGCCUCCAUAUCAAGCAUCAGCGCGUUCAUGGAUCGUGGCUUCGCCAGCUUAACAGAUCAGCUGCGCACAAUCGGGACGGACUGGGAAAAUAACCUCACCGUCGUCACCGGAACCGUAUACGAGACGGACGUGUGUGUGCGAUUUCGUUGGACGUGGUUAGUCUACCCACUCGUCGUGGUAGUCGGGACAUCAGUGCUGCUGAUUUCUAUGAUGAUCUCGUGUGCGAGUCCUGUCUAG